AUGGGAAAUCCGGCUAAACUUCUAGCACGACUACAAAAAUUACUAAUAGCGUUAUCGCUUAUGAUCAAAAGGGCUAUGAUUGAUAAUGGUGAUGUUUUUAUGCUAAAUUUUCAUCGUGAUGUUUCUAUGAACUGUUAUAUGAAUCUUCAAGAUAUGGAUUCAACAAAAAACGCUCAUUCAUUCCUAGCAUUUCUUGAUAAAGAAGAGCCUAUCUUAAUGAUACCAAGUGAUUUUGCAAAAAAUCUGUGGGGCGAAAAAAUACCAUAUUAUAAAACUGUUGAAAUAAGAGAUGGUGAAAAACUGAGAAAGAUGCGUAUUAGAAAAAAAAAUGAUGGGCCGGUGUUUACAGAUGGGUGGAUGUUGUUAGUUAAAGAACAUCAAUUGAAAUACAAAGAUGGGGUACUGAUCACAACAGUUGGGAAGUUGAAGUUUGAAGUUUUGUGUUUUAAAGAUUUGGUAUGUCAGAACUCGUAUAUUACAGCACAAAUUGAAUCAGAACUUGGAAUGUGUGUAAUGCCAGAUAAAUUUUAUCAUGACUUUUACGGCAACAAUUUCAAAGGUGGAAUGGCGAAGGUUUAUUUUGGAGAAAGAUUUUGGAACGUAAGACUGGAAGGAGGCUCGGACGAUGGUUAUUUCAAGGAUGGAUGGCGUAAGGUGGUUGAAGAGGUCCCUAUAGACAACGAUUAUUUCUUGGUUUUUACCAGCCUGGAUUUAGUAAGCUUUGAUGUUUCCGUAUUCGAUCCUGACACCGGAACAGAAGUUUUUCUAAAAAAGUCUACUGCGGAUGAUGAUAUGAUAGUUGAACAAAAGUUGCCGGCUGAUGUGUGUGAAGAUGAUCUGGAAGGAAAUAAAAAAGAUGUUAAAGGCAAGUCCAAGGUAUAUGAAACUCAGACACAACGAAAUCUUCGGAGCAGAAUUAAAAGGGUUGAUGCAGCAGCAAGCACUGGUUCUCCGGUCUUGAAAUCCACAGACCUGACAAAACGAAAUCUUCGAAGCAGGAUUAAAAAGGUUGAUGAAGCGCCAAUGACGGGUUCUCCAGUCUUGAAAUCCACAAACCUGACGAAGCGCAAGAAGACACUUCAAAAAGUUAACCCACAAUCACCGGUUUUGAACUUCACAAGAUUUGCGGAACACAGAAUUCGACUACCAGCAAAAAUGUCAUCUGUGUUGGACUUAUCUCCUGUUCAUCUCAAAGAAGUCAGUGUUCAAAACCUGACAGGUGAAGUCAAGAACAUCAUGACCAGAUAGGAAAAACACCGCAAAGGGUUCCGGUAUGCAUUUGUUGGAUGGUCGAAUUACUUGAAGGCUUGGAACAUCAAAAUUGGAGCAGAACUGUUUUUUGAGUUCAACAACUCAAGCAAGGUCUUGACAUUGACAAAGGUUGUGGAUAAGCGUGGUGUUAAGAAGAAGAAAUUGCGUGCAUGACUCGGAAGUCUGCUUGUGGUUGUGGUGGUUUUUAUAAACAAUAUAUAUGCUACUUUCUUUUGUUGGGCUUUAGAGUCCUAGUUGGUCUAGAAAAACUUGGGGCUAAAUUAGACAGCUUUUAGUUUAUUUUGGGUUGGGCUUUUAUGUAAAUCAAGGUUAACAGGUAGUCAGGUACAUGCAUGGUUGGUUGUUAUUUUUGGGUAGAAUAACUUGACUAAUUUUGAUAUUA